UUCGAUCUUGUUGUUUGUUACUUUGUCCACUUGGCGAUUUAUCAGGGGACAGUCUAACGUUUUUAUCUUGUCAAAGUGUUUUCAGAAUGGAAUUAUACGAGACAUUACUUUCGACGGCGCAAGCCGUACUGAGUGUUUAAUAUGGGAAUUGAAUCAUGAAAAGACAAUUUCAAACAACAUAGCGAACCAGCAGAACUGUGAUGAGAUGUAUACGAAUGAUACUAGUAUUAUAUUUGUGCAACAUACACGGCUUAAAAUGGAUGUUAUCCUUUUUGAAAAAGAAUUUGUUUCACUGGAAUUCAACAACAGUAAAUGUGUUUCGGAAAACCUGGGUCGUAUUUUUAUCCAAUUUGAAAGUUUCGACACAAGGGGAUUUGUGUGUGCUUUAUCAAAUGCCUUUGCCUGUCUCGGGUUAUUUGCGGACACGGGAUAUAUCAAAUGCCCUUUUUCAAGAGACAAAAGUGGUUUCAGUCUCUAUGGAACCGAUGAAAAUAAAUAUUGUAGGAAUCCAUAUUUCACAACCACAGAAUUUAAAAGGUUGUCUGUUACAUCUAAUGAUGACAUCUGCACAGUGGCAUUCAAUGUCACUGCACUGGCCCACAGGAGAGAAAUAACUGUUUCAUUAGAAUUGAUAGGCAAGGAGAGAAGCCAGACACAAGAGGAUAAACUUAGAACUACAGAACAACAAACAAUAACAUUUUCUUUUCCUCUCCUGGAUGACAAAAUAAUAAAAUAUUAUUUGAAAGUUGUUAUAUGGUUGGAUAUAGAACUAUUCGACGAGAUCCAAUUUAAAGGUGUCUCAAUGUCACCAGGAUGCUUCAGGGUCUUGGUGACUGAAAAAGAUAUAGAGAGAAUUAUCACAGGGAAUCUGGCUACUGGUGAUCUAUCAAAUAUGAUGAACAAAUCAACGAAAGGAAGUCCAAACGAAGACACCAGAAUACCUAUUUUAAGUAACAAGAACUCCUAUAAAGUAAUAUUUAAUGAUACUGCAUUGAUUAUAACCAUUGUUGCGUUGGGAUCAGCAUUAAUAUUUGGGGUAGUUUUCAAGCUUUCAAGAAAUCUUAGAAAAAGAACAAUCGAAGUGAAAACAAGUGCUAUUUGUGACGCCAUAUCCGGGACAGGGCUUGUAGAGGAUAAUAUUUGCAAGUCUAACCCAAACUAUUCGUGGUACCAAUCGUCAUGCAUCACUGGGCGAAUCAACAAUUUUCAUUUUAAAGAUUUAAAAAUGUUUGAGGAAAUUGGCAAUGGACAUUUUGGGAUUGUCAGGAGAGGCAAAAUACUCUCCACAUCAACCCCAGUUGCUCUUAAGGAAUUGAAACCCUAUUCGACAGCAGUGGAGAAAAUGGAUUUUCUUUUAGAAGCUAUAACAUUAUGUAAACUUAGACAUUCGAACAUCGUGCGAUGCUUUGGUAUAUCAACAAGCCAACAACGUAUCUUUAUUUUGCUGGAACUAAUGGAUGAAGAUUUAAAAACGCAUCUUCGUAAACACAGAGUCAUGGGUGUUCCAAUUGCUACCAUAUUUUCGCAAACACAUUCCCUGAAGCUCGCAAUCGAUGUUUGUCGAGCAUGCGUUUAUCUGGAGGAAAUCAAAUUCAUCCACAGAGACAUAGCUGCAAGGAACUGCUUAAUAUCACGACAUGAAAGCCAGGUAGUUGUGAAAAUAGCUGAUUUUGGAAUGGCAAGGGAUGUCACCAUGACACAAUAUUAUGUUAAGGAAGGGACUUGCAAAGUGCCUGUGCGUUGGAUGUCACCAGAGUCAAUGCUUAAUGGGCGUUUUAGUUCCAAAACAGAUAUAUGGGCUUUCGGGGUGCUUAUGUGGGAGAUUUACACGGGAGCUCAGUUGCCUUACGGCGAUUUCACGAUUGACGUUGUGAUGAAUCACAUCAUUCAGGGAGGAAAACUGGAUAAACCUACGAAAUGUUCUAACGAUGUAUGGCAGAUCAUGCAGAUGUGUUGGUUGGACUGUGCAGAUGAGAGGCCUUCGUUUAGAGACCUAGAGCAGUCACUACAAAUGUGUCUGACUUCUGCCGAUGAACAGGGAAGCGAAGGGAAUACCGAGAACACAAUCUUAUUGUGAUACGAAUGACUAUUGUAUUUUGAGUUGUUUCACUUUAUUUUAUCAAUAUUUUAUUAAUAUGAUAUUAUUA